ACCGCUCGCUGUGUGGGUUAUUUGACCAUAUGUGGCCGCAUCGGACAUAUCUUGCAGAUGCGGCACGCGACUUACCACGCGUGGGCGCGGAUACAGUCGUUCGUAUGUUGGUUGUGCUGUACAACGUGAAUUUCGAUAAGUUUGCGAGUUCGUGAGAGCAGACGGGCAUCAAAUUCUACGAGAUGGAGUCGCUAACAGACCCUGAUUCAAACGGGGCCUCAACAGGUGUCUCUAGUUUAGGAAAGCAAACGAGAAAGACGAGAGUAUUCGAUUUCACGAGAUACAAUCAACGCCAUAUUGCAUUGAAGAUUGCCUACCUCGGCUGGCAGUAUCGGGGCUUUGCGAGCCAAGAAAGUGUCAAAGAUACAGUAGAAGAGCAUCUUUUCUCUGCACUGACCAAACUGUGUCUCAUCAAAGAUCGCGCCUCUAGCUGCUAUUCUCGCUGUGGGCGAACGGACAAGGGAGUGGGUGCUCUCGGACAGGUUAUAGCUCUGUCUGUUAGAUCUAAUUUACUGGAAGGGCCAGGAUUGUUCUGUCCGGAUGGAAGCACGGCACAAGACAGAUCAGGAGAUACGACGACAGAGCUGGACUACGUUCGUUUGAUGAAUAAUGUUUUACCUGAUGACAUUAGAGUUCUAGCCUGGUGUCCAGUUAGCCCCCACUUCAAUGCAAGGUUUGAUUGCUUGUGUAGAACAUACAAAUACUUCUUUCCUCGGGGCAGUCUCGAUAUUGAUCUUAUGAGAUUGGCUUCUCAGAAGUUUGUAGGCGAGCACGAUUUCAGGAACUUCUGCAAAAUGGAUGUAGGUGGUGGUGUUACUAACUUCAGAAGAAGGAUUCUCUCGUUUCAGGUAGAUUCCCUGGGAGACAACAGUCCAUAUCAGAUGUGUGUUAUGACAGUGUCAGGACAAGCUUUUCUAUGGCACCAAGUGCGUUGCAUGGCAUCCGUUCUUCUCCUAAUUGGUCAAACCUUGGAGCAUCCUGAGGUGAUUGAUCACAUGCUGGAUGUAGCAGUUUGUCCUGGCAAGCCACAAUACACCAUGGCGGCUGAAUAUCCGCUUUUGCUGUCUGACUGCGAGUUUGAAGAGGUCAAAUGGAUUUAUAGUCAGACAGCUGAUGCUCACCGACACCUAGUGCAGUACUUUCAAUCUCUGUGGUCAUCGCACGUUGUAAAGGCAGCCGUUUUGGAUACCAUGUUGCAGAGCAUCACAAGUCAGCUGGUUCCGGAAAACACCAGGGAUGCAUCAGAGAGGACUUUUCCAUGGCGUCGUUUAGCGCGGGACGUCAGUUUCCCGACUGAGACGCUUAUACCAGGCUUCAGAAGUAAACAGUAUCGCCCUCUAUUGGAGAGACCAACAGCUGAUACCUUGGAAGAGCGACUAGCUAAGAAAAAGAGAACUGACAACUCAGAAGAAUCUAGUACUGAACAAAACCGGGAAGAAGUAGAGACAUAGUGGCUCGUUACCGUCACUAGGUACACUUAUCUGUUGUGUCACUUGCUGCUAAUUGCUCCAACUCGUUCUUGACUGCUUCCACAAACAUUGGAAAAUUAGGAUCCGACAGGCAAAGGCUUAUGAAAGAUGUCAACUGCUCCUUUGAAUAAUUAGUGCGCGCGUAGGCUGUAGACAUUGACAUUGGCAAUGGCUUGUUUGUCAGCAUUGCCUCUGCUACCGUACUAACUGAAAUGGUAUCUUGGCUAGACGUGCUUGUCUGUGGUUCUUGCAUUUGACAUGACAUCUGUUGUACUUGA